AUGGCCAGCCCGGCACCAUGGCUGCGCUGGACACAAACAGAGCUGACGCGCUGGGAGGGAGAGGAGGAGGAGGAGGAAGACGACUUUGAAAGGCAGAUGGAUGAGGAUGGGGUCAUCGCUCUCGGGGAGGAUGCCAGGAGCCCACCGUGGGGCGACGGCGAGGACCUGGAGGUGGGGUCCCCAGAGGGUCGCUGGCACCCGCUGCGGGACCCGGAGGAGGAGGAGGAGGAGCAGGGCAGCUCCAGGGGGAACGAGGGGCCCUGGGGGGCAGAGAGCGACGGGGAGCCCUACCCCGAGCUCUCCUACGAGGGCCAGUGGGGCUCAGGCACGGACUGCGGUGACACCUCAGGGCUGUCGGACACCAGCCCUGGCCCCGCCACCCCGUCCCGCCAGCACCGCAGCUGGGGCACAGCCGGGGAUGCCGGUGGGGGGCACAGGCAGGGCUGGUCCCCAAGCCAGAGCCUCCUGAUGCGCUUCUCCACCGAUGACCUCCAUGAUGCCACCAGCACCGAGCCCCAGCCGGCUGGGACGGAGCUGCCAGCCCCUGGUACCGCUGGCUUGGCACCCACCGGGGAGCCCUGGGGCGCUGGGACCCCCCCUGCACCCCAGCUACGUGACAGGCCCCGGGAGCCCAAGAAAGUGGCGCCUGGGGUGCUGCUCCCCAAGCCCAGCCGGCAGUCGUGGUCCCUGAGCCCCCGGCAGCGGCACACGGGCGGCAAGGAGGCGAGGGAUCCCUCGGGAACGGGCCCCGGCAUGGCCGACGGCACCCAGUACGGCCGAGGGCGGCUCAACCACCCCCUGCCCGACCUCUCCAAGGUGGAGGCGCGGGUGAAGUUCGACCAGAGCUACCGGCCGCCGCGGGGCCGAGCGCUGCCCACCCACCCCAGGGCCCCGGGCGGCCCCAUCGGCUUCAAGUCCCCGGCUGAAAUCGUCCGGGAGGUGCUGCUGAGCAGUGGGGAGGGGGUCCCCCCGCAGCCCCCCACCACCGCUGGACUGCCGCAGGAGUUCAGGUCCCCCAGGCAAGCCACCGAGCUGGUGCAGCAGCUCCAGGACGACUACCACAAGCUGCUGACGAAGUACGCCGAGGCGGAGAACACCAUCGACCAGCUGCGCCUGGGUGCCAGGGUGAGCCUGUACUCCGACCCGCCACGGCCCAGCCGCAGCUUCGCCGUGGGCACCGUGGGCACCGGCUGCCGGGUGACAGCUCUCAGCAUCCCGCAGGCCAGGACGGCGGCGUUCAGCAUGGCCCCGGCCCCGCUGUCCUCGCGGGGUGGAGCCCCAGCACCAGGACCAUCGGACCGGGGGGGGUCACCCCGGCCUCUGUCCCCCCCACCACCCAGGGGGGGCUGCCCCAUCUGCCUGGGGCCCUGCUGCUGCCCGGGGACCCAGCUGACACGGACACUGGUGGGACAGACCCACAAGCUGCAGGCACAGGUGGAGUCCUUCGAAGGCUGGAUCCGGACGGGGAGCCCCGCGCCCCCGGAGCAGCUCCAGAGGUUUAGGAAGCUGAAGGAUGCGCAGGAUGCGCUGGAGCGGGCGUACCUGGGAGCCCGGCAGCAGCACCCGGGGGCCUCGGGGGACUUCGAUCCUGACCGCGCGGUGGAAGGGGAGAUUUUCCGCCUGGGGCUGCGCCUGGAGGAGCUGAAGGAGCGGCUGGAGCCCGGGAGCCCCGCGCUGAUGCAGGGUCCCCGGGGGACAGCGGGGGACAGCGAGGCGGUGGGGGGGCUGCCCCGGCCCCUCUGGCACAAGCAGCUCCGAGUGGAGGAGGAUUUUGGUGACCUGCUGGCGCAGUACAAGCAAUUCAAGUCCUUGCCGGAGUCACUGAGCCUGGAGCAGCUGAGCCUGGCAGGGAGUGGGUCCCGGGAGGAGGCAGAUGGCCCUGCGGCAGGGGACAGUGUCAGUAACAGUCCCAGCAAGGUCCGCUGCAGGACACGGUCGCUAGAGGAUGGAGCCAACCUCGAGACCUUGCCCUUGCACCCCCCAGAGAGGAGAGCAGCGCCGCUGCCCCCCGGGGAGCCCCCAUGGCCAGGGGGCACACGGGGCCAUCAGUCCCCUGCCACUGCUGAGGAGCCACCGGCCACAGCCAAGCCCCGCCUGGGGCUUCCCGAGCCACCGCGAGUGUCCCUGUCCCACCACAGCAACAGGGCGGGCAGUGCUGCUGCCCAGCACCGGCCCUGCAAGGAGCAGCGCAUUGUGUCGCCGGAGACCGAUAGCGGCUUCGUGGGCUCAGAGGCCAGCAGGGUGUCACCCCCCGUGCGCACCCCCGAGCACCAGCCCCCCGGCACCGGGACCCCCGGCUCGCUGGGACCCUCCAUCCCCAUCCCCGCGACCCUCUGCCCUCCGCGGAAGAGAGAGGCGACCCCGCUUCCCUCCGAGACAGCACUGAUGGGCAUCUACCCCGCGGGCGGGCAGGGCGGCACGGGGGGGGCCCGCCUGCCCCCCAGCACCCCCUCGCAGAGCAGCUCCCCCCCGCGCUGGGCUGAGAGCGUGGGCAGCGAGGCAGGACCCGACGGUGACGGCACGCACACGGACUCGGAGGCAGAAGGCAGGAGUUGUGCUAGCACCGGCGGCUGCCCCCCCAUCAUGGCCAGGGGCCCAGCCAGUCCCCCGCCAUCCCCCGAAACACCGUCCCCCACCCCGCUGUCCCCCGACCUGCCGGCCCUCGACCCGGCUCGCUGCGACCUGCUGGGCUCCCGGCUGGAGCGUGACCAGGCCAUCCGGGCGCUGCGGGACGAGGUGUGGCAGCUGCGGCGGAGGCUGGAGGAGAGCCUGCGCCGCUCCCGCAGCUAUCCUGAGGGAAAAGCCGCCCCGCGUGCCACCCCAGCCAGGAGGCAGAUGGUGGCCAGUGGACCAUCGUCCCCCAAGGACACAGCACCCUCGGGGUAG